CGCCGAGAUGCGACUUCAUUCGCUGCUGCCGCUGCUGCCGCCGUUGAACGCGGCGGCGAAGCUGGCGCGGAGGCUGUGCGUCGGCAUCUCCUGCGCUGCGGCGGGCGCCGCCACCAGCGCGCGGUGCGCCCGGCUGUCGGCGGACGACGACCGCCGCGUUGACUGGAAUGACGACCGGUUGCUGGACGGCGUGCCGCGGGCGGGCGAGAGCGGCACCAUCUACACCAACGUCUACUCCUUGGCUCUCGAUGGCAGCCCGCACUGCACAACGCAGCAGCACCAGCACGCGCUUUCCCGUGGGCCAGCAACGCUCGUGCUGCUGUGGCGCGAAGUGAUGAAGCAGGGCGGCAGGCCGAUGGGUCACUCGUCAGAGCGCUGGUUGGGUGGACUCUACGCGAACGGCCUGCCGCCUGGCACGCCGGCGUGCACGCCGGUCAAGGUUCCGAUCGGCAGCGGCUUCGACUUCGCCCUCGUCCCGCUGCCGCUCGAGGAGAAUGGGCCGCUCAUCUACAAGGAGGACAAGUCGUGCUCGCCGUACUUCUCGGUGGAAGACAAACCCGCAGGACGGACCCAGCUCCAACUCAAGGCCGAGGUCAGUGUCACUGGGGGCCAAGAAGUAGCCCUACUCGCGGGCACCCCCGGCGCGCACGACCCCACUGUCCGAGAGUCCUUGAUGAUGGACACAGCCGCCUACUACUGCGGCGAGAUAUUCAACGGGGUUGAUGUCUUCACCUCGAGCCCGGAUACCGUCCGAGAUUGGCCUGGCGCGGAGGCCCACCUGUCGGGUGAGUUCAGAUCGAUCGAGUGGUCCACGGGCAUUUUGGCAUCCGACGGCUUGCGGAGGGGCCCCAUCGGGUCGCAAUGGCGGGCGGGGCUCGGCCCGGCCGACGCCUCGCCCCCGGAGGCGGAGCGGCACGUCUCCUCGGGUGGCUGGGAGGGACUAUGCCUGCGGCCCAAGGCGGAGGAGGACAAGGACGGCAACCUUCGGAAGCCGCCGCGCGUGCUCAUCACGGAGGAGGUCGCGGACCGCAUGGCCCUGGUCGCCUCACUCCCAAUCGGGAGCCUCGCCGGCUGGUACAUUGGCGACCAGCCAUCGCAUGGCGCCAACACCGGCUACGACACGAAGCUCAUCAUGCAGGUCAUCCUGCCGUCGACCGUCGAGCUCGUCCGCCUCGCGCAGGCAGAGGAGGCCGCUUGGCAGGAGGCCAAUCCAGGCGGCGACGCAGGCGGGGAGCACGCCCUCCCCAUGGCGUUUGUCGAGCCCAUCGACGAGGACAUGCCGCCGCCUCCCAUGAACCCGAUGCUGCCGCACGACGACGACGGCUCGAUGCUGCCGCCCGACGACAGCGGCUCGAGCGUGCUCGUGGACGGGGCGGAGGCAGCGAGGAGGGCACUCACCCGCGCCGCAAUCUCGGCGGCGCUUGCGCCCGACGGCGAGUACGGGCGCGCGGCGGUCGCCGAGGCGAUGGCGGCCGCCGCGGGCGAGGACGACGAGCGGGUGCCAGAGCGCCAGCGGCGCGACGCCGCCCUCGCAGGUGUGGCGGUGUGGGCGGGGGGCGAGCUGCAGCACGAGGCAGCGUUUGCCGCCGGAACCGUCGCCAUGGUGUCUGGCGCGGCCCUUCUCGUGGGUGGCGGGGGCGCCCUCGUCCCGGUGGUGUUUGUGGUUGUGUGCUCCGUGUACUCAGUCAUCGUCGCCCGCGUGAUCGCGCAACUUGAGGGGUAGCGUCUACACCGAACUCACGACACAAUGUGCAGCAAAACUGGCCCCAGGUUUUUGGGCUCGGGGCUAUACCGGAACUGAUUGUGAAAACUCAUAG